AAAAUGGGUAUUUCGUCGUGUUCAACACUCCAAAGUCCAAACCCAGGCUUUCCCGGCAGUUUGAUCGCUUCGGUUGGGGCGUUUUGACAAACUUUCAUCAAGAGAGAGAUAGUAAGAGAGAGAGAGAGAGAGAGAGGGAGGACUACAGGAGGCAAUGGAGAACGUAGGAACAGACGCCCUGAAGUAUGUUUGGAAAGGAGCCAUACCACUUCAGAUUCAUCUUCACGAUUCUGAAGUCACCACUCUUCCUCCUCCUCCUCCAGUUUUGAUGUUGGCUUCACGGAUAGGUUAUCUGCCACUCUUAGCGCCUCAAAUGAAACCCCUCUUCAACAGCACACUUCCUCCAGGGGACGAUACUGUUUGGUUUGAGUACAAGGGGUUAGCCUUGAAAUGGUACAUACCAACCGGUGUUCUCUUUGAUCUCUUGUGUGCUGAGCCUGAGAGACCUUGGAAUCUUACGGUGCAUUUCAGAGGGUAUCCGAGUAACACACUGACCCCAUGCGAAGGUGAAGAUGCUGUUAAGUGGAACUUCAUAAAUUCUCUUAAAGAGGCUGCCUACAUAAUUAAUGGUAACUGCAAGCAUAUUAUGAACAUGUCACAGUCAGAUCAGUUGGAAUUGUGGCGUUCUGUUUUAAAUGGCAAUUUGGAAUCUUUUCUAAAGGUGACAUCAAAGUUGAAGCUUGGAGCCAUUGACGAUGAUUACACAACAAAAUUGUAUCCAUCUUUAAAAGCCUGUUCUGAUGCUGGUAACACAGAUAAUCCUGGACUUGCCAAAACAGGUAGAAUUCCAGUGCGAUUGUAUGCUAGGAUUUUUACCGAGGUGUUUGAUGACUUGGAAGAUGCCCCUGAGGUUGAUAGCUGGGAGAAAAUUUCUUAUAUAAACAGACCCAUUGGACUUGAUAAAGAUGAAGGUAAAUGCUUCACUUUAAGUGAUGCUAUGAAGACUCUCUUGCCUGAGUACUUUGGAGAAGGAAUUAUUAACAAUGAAAAAACAAUUGAAAUGGAGGUUAAAGAAGUGGAUUCAGAAGAUGCCAGUGACACAAAUCUUACAGAAGAGGUGAGUACAUCAGUCGGUGAACAUACCAAGUCCAAACAAUCAUCUGUAGGUGCUGAAAUCAAGCUCAUUCGAAUUCAAGGUAUUGAGCCAAAAUCUGAGAUCCCUUUCUCUUGGGUAGUCAACAACCUGAUGAACCCAGACCACUACCUUCACAUAUGUGUGUAUCUGAUACAUGUCCAACCUUCGUCUUUGUGACCACAAUAUUUCUUAACUGAGACUGGGUAACCUUGUAUAUAUAUAUAUCACUUCCUCAGUCUACUGUCUUUGUUUUGGCACUUGCAAAUUGUGAAGUUUCAUCUAGUAUGUAGAUAUCAAGUAAACACUUGUCCUUUGAGAAAGUUCGAAUAUAAAACUCUUUUCUGCAA